AUGGACAUGGAUAUGGACCAUAUGCAUCAACCACCCUCGGACUCAUCAGCUACAAGCAAGUCAUCUGGCGCGAUGGCCAUGGGCAUGUCGUCAAUUUUUACUUCAGAGACCAGAAUCACACUCUUAUUCGUCGGAUGGGAAGUUGAAACACUGAGAGCAUAUAUUCUGACUCUUGUUUUCAUAUUCAUGCUUGCGAUACUGAAUCGUUUUCUCGGCGCGCUUCGAUUUCAAUUGGAAAAGAAAUGGACCCAGUCCCUAGCUAGGAAGGGAGAUCAAAGUCUCACGCCACUUUCUAUCACACAAAGACGAUACGCCGAUAAUCUUCGUCAAAAAGAGAGGCUGAGUCCUUUACCGAAAUAUAGGACUCUACGUAACGAGCAUAAGAUGCAGGAUGGCUUGUCCGACCUGGGUCCGCUCAACUUUCAUCGCGACACCGAUGACAAUUAUGAUGAAUGCGAAGAUAAUCAUUUGCCGGAGGAUAAUCAGAGGCGAGCUUCAAGGGUCGCUUUGUGGCUAAUAAAUGUCACGACAUAUCUCCCUUCAUUAAAUUGGACACCUAGUGCAACCUGGAGUUGGAAGCGAGAUGGUGCUCGCUCGGUUCUAGAAUGCUGUAGGGCAUUGAUUGGAUAUAUUUUAAUGUUGCUAGUUAUGACCUUCAAUGUUGGCAUUUUUUGCGCUGUGAUCGCAGGAGUUUUGAUCGGUGAAUUUAUUCUAGGCCGAUACUCACAAGCUUCAUCUGGAUGGCAAGAAGGAGGUUGUCAUGAUGGUUAGUUGUGUUGUUGUUUUGGUACUUGCCGCUUGCCAAUAUUAGGGUCUUAGACAUUCAUUAGUGUAUUCAAUUUCCAAG